ACACAGCGAAGAAGAAGAAGAUCAAGAUGGCGGAACGUGGCUACAGUUUCUCGCUCACCACAUUUAGCCCCUCUGGUAAACUGGUCCAGAUUGAGUAUGCGCUGGCAGCUGUAGCAGCCGGAGCUCCUUCAGUUGGCAUCAAAGCUUCAAAUGGUGUUGUACUGGCGACAGAGAAGAAGCAAAAGUCCAUUCUCUACGAUGAACAGAGUGUCCAUAAAGUGGAGCCCAUAACUAAGCACAUAGGCAUGGUUUACAGCGGCAUGGGGCCUGACUACAGGGUUUUAGUGCGACGAGCCCGGAAGCUGGCACAACAGUACUACCUGGUGUACCAGGAGCCAAUUCCCACAGGCCAGCUUGUUCAGAGAGUUGCCUCUGUGAUGCAGGAGUACACACAGUCUGGUGGAGUGCGUCCAUUUGGGGUGUCUCUGCUGAUUGCUGGAUGGGAUGAGGACCACCCCUAUUUGUUCCAAUCCGACCCCUCUGGUGCAUACUUUGCAUGGAAAGCUACAGCCAUGGGAAAGAACUACGUUAAUGGAAAAACAUUCCUUGAGAAAAGAUAUAACAAUGACCUUGAGUUAGAAGAUGCCAUCCACACAGCCAUCCUCACAUUGAAGGAGAGUUUCGAGGGUCAGAUGACAGAGGAGAAUAUCGAGGUGGGGAUCUGCAAUGAGGCUGGCUUCAAAAGGCUCACCCCAGCGGAAGUGAAAGACUACUUGGCUGCCAUUGCGUGAACACAUCCUCCCUGACAGCCCAGCCCCAUCCCCACAUGUCAAGGCAUAGAAUUAAUCGCACAGUAGCCAAAAGCCCCUCAACACAUUUCUGCUACCCAGUUAUACAGAUAGUUGGAUCUUGUUAUGCCGUGGUUACCUAUUUGGUCCCCAAACUUCAGAAUAAACCUGCAGCUGCCUCAUUCAUUGGCAGUCACCAAUAGACUGGCCAAGCGUUAAAUGAUUUUUCUUUUAGGUGGUAAACUCUAGUUCCAAACUCAUUGGCCUUCUUAAUUACUAAUGCCUGGGUACUGUGAAAUGUGGCAGUUGGCUACUGUGCAGAUGAGAAGGAAUGUGGGAUCUGAAGUGAAAUCUCAACUCCUCCAUUGAAUCGUGUCAUAUAAUAAAUUGUGAAAAAACCAAUGUACUGAGUUUAGAAAGCAAGAAAAAUUGCAAUAUGCAUUCAUUUGAAUAGCUUAUGUCUGAAGUGUGUUGUAUUGUCUUUUAUACAAAAUAGAACAUUUAAUCUGUAAUGUGAUUUAAAAAGCUUUAGCCUGACAUCCUUCAGGGUGUCAGUAUUUUGUAGACUUACAUCCCAUAACAACUUAAGCAGAACAGAACACGAGAUAAAAUGGAAUGUUUUGAGAUUUUACAUUCAGGAUCUGGUUGCCUUCACAGCAGUUUCACUCACGUAUUCUCUUUUUUUCUUCAGGCUUGAAACGAUUCUUAAAUUUGUAUUUUCUCUUAUGGCAUCUGUCACUCGUUCAAAUAAAAGAUGGUGACUUGG